GAACGAAUACUGGCACGGCGCCGGACACGCAAGGGUAAGUUGGAAUACAUGGUACGAUGGAAGAACUUUGGAAGCGAAGAGGACACCUGGGAGCCCCUGGAGAACCUCGGAGACUGCAUGGAACUGGUGGAGGAGUUCAACCAGAAGACAAUGAAAGAUGGAAAGUUUGAGAGACUCGCGUCUCUGGAUCACCUACAUGUACACAAGAAACAGCCUCAAGCAGGCAAAAAGAGACCCAGUGAUAAUGGAGGGAAAGACAAGGGUGGACAAGGGAAGGAGCAUGUUAGCAAUGGAAGUGACAAUAAUAAAGAGCAUGCGAAGGCUCAAGCAGAUCAGAAACCUGUGAGUGGCAUUAGCAGGACUAACAGCAGCACCACCGUAGGAAAAACAGCGGAUGGGUCGGCCAAAGCCCAGAAAAGAAAAAGAGAGUCGGACGUCGGUAGUAAGCAAACUAACGGACCUGUAGCACUUCCGUCCACUCACGUUAUUAAGUCUGAAGGACAGUCUCCAGAGAAGCGUGUGAAGAGGGCGCACUCAGUAACAGGUGUCGGACCUCAGAGUACUUAUUCGCCUAGUGCGAGUAGCAACGGAAUUGGUUCACCACUACAACGGAGAAGAAUAAAUAGCACAAUUCCUGAUGAGGGAUUACAUCACAACACAAGGGGUUCACCAAACCUUCAUCGCACAAUGUCAGCAAGUGCAAGUGCCUACCCCAAGCUGAUAAUCUCUCCGACCAAACUGACCAUGGUAACGCGGAGAGGCGGUAGUCCUGCUACUCUAGCCAACUCCUUAACGGCCUCCAGUGGGGGCACGGAAGAGGAUGGGGAAGUCCAAGGGAGGCGAACGGCCAGCAUUGUGGCUAGGCGGAGACUUUCACAUUCGACCCCUGAAGAUCCCAUUGAUAGUCGGAGAAUUAGUGCAAGACAGAGUGAGAGCCUAUACAGGUACAAGGAGAUAGUUGUGAAGAAGUGCCAAGGGUACACACAAGUAAGGCUCUUCACCACGACACCAACAAGAAAUGCUCUUAAUCUAAAGGCUUUACAGGAAUUGACAGCUGUCUUUGAGUUGAGCAAGAAAGACGAUUCCAAGGUGAUCUUCUUGAGUGGGUCUGGUAGUGUAUUCUGCAGUGGGUUAGAUCUCAGGUGUAUUCAGACUUCCUUUGUGGAGGAGAGGAAAAGAGCGUCCAAAAAUCUUGCAGAUGCAGUCAGGUCAUUUGUAGAUAGCCUUAUCAACUGUCCAAAGCUAGUAGUCGUAGCCAUCAAUGGUCCUGCCAUUGGCCUAGGAGCAGCCAUUCUACCUCUAUGUGACAUCGCGUACGCCAGCGACAAAGCCUACUUCCACUUGCCAUACAGUAUUCUAAGCCAGACCCCAGAGGGAUGUGCGUCUCACACCUACCCUCAAGUCUUGGGGUUAGCGCUGGCUGGUGAGAUGUUGUACGCUGGUCGCAAGCUAACAGCUCUGGAGGCCUGUGCCUGUGGCCUUGUAUCGCAUACCUUCUGGCCUACAAGUUUCAUGCAGGAAGUAGUACCAAGGGUACAGAGGAUAGCUUCACAAUCGGGCAAGGCUUUACUUCAAUCCAAACUGCUAAUGCGGGGCCAAAUGCGGGCAAAGCUUGAGUAUGUCAAUGAGAGCGAAUGUGCGGCACUGGAAGAGAGGUGGCGCUCUCCAGAAUGCCACAGACAAAUCAAACUCUUUGCAGAGAAUUACUCGGACAUGUGACUGUGAGAAAUUACUGUGCCACCUCUCAAGAGGAAGAAUAAACAAUGGGCUGAUGGUGACAACCAAGGAUCAUCCUAGCCAAUGCGUGGAGUGUAAGGUGAUUUCAACAAGAGGCAAAUCUGUGUGUUGCUUGACUUGGAGGCUUCAGUUGAUCCACUGUGAUGUCAAAGGAUUAGAUGCUUAGAGGAUGUCGGUAGCAGUGAUGGGUGCUUAACAAUGACACAAAAUCAUGGAUGCUGUCACGUUUAGCUGCGAUCCAGCUGAAAAUGCAAAUUUGAAAGUGAUUCAGACGCUGACCUAGGUGGAAAGCCGUGUCAGACCUUCAGAUGGUGACGAUGGUCGAUCCCAAUUGUAACCAUGGUUUGAUUGACCUGUGUCUGUAAAAACCAAACCCACAUACGCAUUGAUAACGAUACAGUUUUCCAUCAUUUUAUUGUAUCGCCAGAGAGCUUCAAAUGCGAAGACACAUUCCUGUAUGUUAUGUACAGUAGCCAAUGGAUCGUAUCAGGCCUUUUCACCUGUCUGUUCUGUUCAAAUCCUCCCAAUCCUGGAAGCGUGGACUGGCGUUUCAGCCAGGACUCGUGCACUCUUGUUUAGCUUGAAUGUCUACAUGUGGUAGCUCAAUGAAUGGACAUGUCAUGAAAAUGUAAUAAUAUUUAUUUGAAGAGGUCUUGUGAAUUGAUGCUAAAUGUAUUUAUUCACCUGACAUAAGAAUGAGAAACUGAUUGCACCAAAUACUUAGUUCUAAAAAAUGCAGGGAUGAGGUUGAGGCCUCGUCGACCUUAGCUUUGGCCUCGGGCCAAGUCACCUCACGACUUUGGCCUGGACUCCAUCCCUGAUGAAAUUAUUAGAAGCAGAAAAACUGUUGAUGAAAUGAUGAAAUGAAUUGCCAUUUAUAGGGGAUUGUUUUAAUUUUGUUUUUUAUUGCUGUGGAAAAUCCAGAAAGGGUAUUAUGAGCGAAAGAAAAAAACCUUGAGAGAGAGAGAGAGCGAGGGGGGGGGGGGGUUAGAGAGAGAAAGAAGGGGGAGGGAGAAAGUUGACAAGUUUUUACUAACUGAUAUACUAUUGUAAAGGUCUACAAAGCCCCACCGAUGGUAUUAGUGAAGGAAAAAAAACAUGACAAAUUUGCCACUGACCUACAUGCAGCUUAGACGAUGUGUAUAUUCACUUAAGGGCUUAAUCAAUACAAUGUUCCUUCUCUGUCAAUUUCACACUAUCUGCACAGCAUGCAAAAGUUUUUAAAAGUCCUUUAUGUUGCUAUUGGGUGUAACUCUUUCCUUAAGUACUCAGAUCAUCAAAAACAAUUUGCUGGUCAAGGUAUGUUAAUGUUAUCUAAGCUUUGAACUGUUAUAAGAGAUAAUUCUGCACUUUAUAUAAGCCAUACUCAGGGUAUUUUCAUUUCUUAAAGGUCUUUAUUUUUGUGAAAUUGCCAUUCGCUAUACAUUUUUCUGUGAAUCACUCUCAAAAUGGGAAACAAUAUUCAGUGUUUCUCGUAGGAUUGUGCAGUUAAUUUUUUUUUUGAAAAAUCAUAAUAAAACUCAGGGGUGUGAGAGUUCAGAUUUUUAUCUGAUUUCAGAUUUUUUUUUCAGCUUAUUUUUGGCCUUCCUCUGUAUAAAAAGUAUGGGAGCUCUUUCUAUUUCAGAUUUUUUCAACACUCUUCAGCUUUUUUCAGAUUUUUUUUUGUGACCACUCACACCCCUGAAAACUAGAACUCAGAAUGGUAAAAAUAUCAUAUUCUUUCCAUCCAAUGCAGAAUGGAUGGGAUUUCUGAAGCAUGAUUUGGGGGCUUGAAUAGACCAAAAAUAUCAUGAUAGAAGUUUUGUGCCCAAUAUCUACAAUAACAGAUUAAAAAAAAAACAAGUGUAGAUAAUAGAUACCCGUCAAUGUAUUUUAAGUAAAUAGAUUCAAGGGAGAUUAAGUGAGACUAAUAUACAUGGAGUUAUGUUUAUAAGUGAUGGUGUUGUUUUGGUUAUUUGCAAAUCUGUUACAGUAAUUCCCACAUUGUCCUUGUCUGUGCCAUGGAAAUGUUUGAACAAUGUAGUAUUACCUACAUGCACGAGACCAGGGGCACAUUCCACAUAGAGUUGCAAUCAAAGGCAACUCCCAAAAUCAAACGCAACCCAGGGGGGGGGGGGCACUUACAUUACCAUGCGCGACCAAAAAAACACGUAAAAAGGAUGUCCUUUUACAUACAUAACGUAAUAAGGGUGUCAAAAACACUAAAAGAAUGAAAAAAGGGUAUCUAUUUCACUAGGAAAGCUACGUGCUUAGGGUCAAAUUUGCAAGGGUAUAAAAAAGACUGAAAUGUUUAAUAAAGGAUGUACUUUUUGCCCUUCUACGUGUUUAUAUCGUCUAUUAUUAUUUUAUCGUUUUGUUUCCAAUACUUGUUAAGGGUAGGGUUUCACACACCAAAACUUGUUAGGGGUGCAUUUUCAGAAUUUGGAAAAUACUUGUUUAGGGUGCUUUUCGAGACCCAUGGUCACGCAUGGUAUCCACUCUUCAAUGGAAGUGCCCCCCCCCCCCCCCCCCCCGGGAACGCAACUUGAUUCUCAGUCAAUUAGAAAUGCACAUUUUUUUACUUGCGUUUGAUUCUCCGAGUUGCAGUCAAACGCAACUCUUUCUGCAACAGCCCCCUGGUGUUUUAAAAUGUAUUUAAUAAAUCAUUCCCAACCGAUGAAAGUUUUCUGUAUUGCCCCUGGUGGGUGUUCAUAAAGUUGUUCAUAAAUUUACACCAUGACUUACGCAUGAUUCGGACAUUUUCCUUGUUGGUAAGUCAGCUAUGUAGGGAUGUAUCAUUUCACACAAGAAAGGGACCCCAGUCAUGCUUAAAAGUCAUACCAAACUUAAAAACAGCCUUAUGAAACACCUACUGUUCAAUUAGAUUAAUUAAAUACAUAGGGGUCUUUAUUUUCUUAAUUCUUUUUCAUUUCUUAGAUGGUGAAAGUGAGAGAUAGCUAGAUUGAAAAGAAAAAUUCAAAUUUGUUCAUGAGCAGUACAGCAUCACCAUCAUGAAUUCAUGUUAAUCAGAAUUGAUAAUCUAGUGUUGAUCUUUCGGCUUUCAAUGUCUAUGGAUUGAGAUUCUGUUUCAGCAUUUGAAAAAUUUGAAUUCACUUGGUUUUCGUCUUAAUUCUGGUGUGAUGUUAAUUUUGAUUAUCCAAUCAUUUUUAAAGUUAGAACUUUGAUUUUGCAAUUUGAUUUUUUUAAUGAAUGGAAUAACUAAUAACAAGAAGAAGAAUAUUUUUAAAUGGUUUGAUAUAAACUUCAUAAAGUGUACUUCCCUUUGCCUAGACUCUUUCAUAUUUGCUUCAGUUUGCUAUUUUCAUUUUUUUAAACAUUUUUUUUGGGGGGAAGGAGAAUUUAUGUAAAGAACAAAAAAUUGAUAUGAAUUUGGUCAAUGAAAGACAUAUUUUUACAGAAUUAAUUUCAAUAAAUGUUCAUGAUUAUAUUACUACCCUUCCAAAUGGAACGCAGUGAAAUCAUGGGGAUAAAUUCAGGAAGUGUUCAGCCAGAUAGGCAAAAAUGAAAUUUAACAAGAAUUGCCAUCGAUGAAAAGUAGUUUGGAUGUUCCGUUGUAGGAAUCUCGAUAUUGAUAAUAGUUAUAAAACAAUUUCUAAGAGCUUGAUAGGUAUACUUCUCUUUCAGUACAUUGAAAUAUGUUUUUAAAUCAGACACAUUGAUGAUGUAGAACUACUUCUCAAAAUGCAUUUAAUAGGAUACAAUUAUAGCAAUUAUACAAUUAUGGAGCGUUGUGGCCCAGUGGAUUAGUCUUCUGACUUUGAAACAGAGGGUCGUGGGUUCGAAUCCCAGCCAUGACAUAAUUUCCUUCUGCAAGAAAUUUAUCUACAUUGUGCUGCACUCAACCCAGGUGAGGUGAAUGGGUACCCUGCAGGAAGAAAUUCCUUGAAUGCUUGAGCGCCUAGGCAGCCCAGCUAAAGCUGGGGUAAUAAUAAUAGCAGGGCCCGCAUAUACAAUUAUAGCCCUAAUAAGUGAUAUUAACACUAAACUGCAUAAUAAUUACAGUGCUUUAAGUAUUGUGGAUCUUUUUUAAAAAGAGGAAUUUGGAUUGAAUAUUGCAUGUACAAAGAUAAAGUUAUUUUAUUUAUUACUGGGUAUGAAUGCUUUGUCAGAAAUUUUGUUUGUGUUAUUAUAGGGCAUUUGUUUUUUGUUUUUUUAUUUUAGAGUGGUUGUUCGCACACAAUUUAUCAACCACACAGGAUAAGUGUUGAGCUUCAGUGAAUGAGGGAAAAUACAGAGAGAGAGAGAAAGAUAGAAAGGAGAGAGGGGGAGAGAGAGACGGAAAGAAUAGGUGAGAGAGAGAGAAAGAAAGAGAGAAGUGUUGGGGGUGAUUGAGAAUAAAUGUGAGCAAAUGGAAGUGAAGUUUUACAUUUCGUUUAAAUUUCUUUUCUUUUUUUGUAUUUUAAGAUUGGAACUCUGAUUUUUCCAUCCAGAGUCCAGUCAUUCCUUUUGAAUUUACAUGUAAUAUUGUAAAUGUACAUAGCAGGAAAAUAUCUUUUCUGCACCUUAUGCAUUUAAAUUGAAGCACAUACAUUAAAUUGCAAAGAAAAAAAAUAAUGAAAAUAAAAUGUGAAAACUA